AUGGAUAACCAACAAGCAACUUUUAGACUUCCAACAGCAAUAAAAAGAGAAGUUGGUUGGCUGGUUGAUUGUAAGACACUUUUUCUUAAAAAGGCCUACCGACCAACAGACCCACCAAUUUUCUCUUUACCCCGUGAAGCCUUGGAAUUGUUAACCAGUUUACCCGACAAUACAGCCUCUUUAAUCUUCCUCGACCCUCAAUAUGAGAAAGUAGGCACAGUAUUGAAAUUAGAUUAUCCUCUCUCUUAUACUUCUGACUAUCAAAUAUUAAGAAUAUUAGAGCAGAUAGAACGAGUAUUGAAACCCAAUAGAAGUUUUGGUAAUGUUUGGGAAGAAAGUCAAUUAGCCAGUAAUAAAAGAAAACAUCCUCACCAAAAACCGAGAGAAUUAGUAAAGGCUCUUAUUACUGCUACCACUAAUGAGGGAGAUUUAAUUGUGGAUCCUUGUGCUGGUUCAUUCGUCGUGUUAGAUGCUUGCCAAGAACUCAAAAGAGAGUUUAUUGAUUUAGUUUAUAAGUUUUGUGAAGAAAAAGGAAUAAAAAAUAACUCUUUUGAAAUCCAAGAACAAGGACUUUUUUAUUUAGGCAAACGGAGAAUAUAUUUUUUUGAUUUAUUCUCUUUCCGGAAAGCACGGGGCAAAAUUGCUCGUGGCACCACCUUUCAAGAAAUA